UUCUUACGUACAAUCAUAAUCAGAUUUGAAUGAUAAGCGUAUAGUAUGUUAAUUAUAACGCGUAAAACAAGUUGCACAUAAUGAACAAAGAGCAAAGUGGUGUUCUAAGGGCAUGGGAGGCCACCGUGCGCAAAACACAAGCUGCAAAAAAGCGUGCAAAUAGCAUUUUUGGGACAAUAUCUAUGGCAAAUGUAGCAGAUGAUGAUCUCGAAGAUAAUAAUGAUAAAAGCGUUAGCCUAUUUGGGGACGCAUACUUCGCAGAGAAAAUUCUUCCAAAUGGGGAUUAUUAUACCGGGCAAUGGUAUGAUAAUUUUCCUAAUGGACAAGGGAAAUAUUUAUGGACCGACGGGUGUAUGUACUUAGGAGAGUGGCAUAAAGGCAAAACUAUGGGGCGAGGAAGGUUUAGUUGGCCCUCUGGUGCUACGUAUGAAGGGGAGUUCAAAAGCGGAUAUAUGGAUGGGACUGGUAUAUAUAUUGGAUCCGAUGGGGAUACUUAUAAGGGAAAAUGGGUAAUGAAUUUGAAACAUGGUCAUGGUAUAAAGCGUUAUUCAAAUGGAGAUUGGUAUGAUGGAGAAUGGCGUCGCGGUUUGCAAGAAGGACAUGGGAAAUAUCAAUGGCAGAAUGAGAACCAUUAUGUAGGAGAGUGGAAGAACGGUGUAAUUUGUGGAAAAGGGACUUUUGUAUGGAGUAAUGGGAAUAAGUAUGAUGGCUAUUGGGAAGAUGGUAUGCCAAAAGGGAAUGGAACUUAUCAAUGGCCCGAUGGAAGUUUUUAUGUGGGGAAUUGGAGUAGGGAUCCGGAUGAACAAAAUGGGACAUACUACCCUUCAGAGUCCUCCCUGGCUGCAAAUCUUGAAUGGGAUCCUGAAACCGUGUAUAACGAGUUGGCUGACUGCAAGAUUUGCCCAGGAGAAAGGGUUUCGAUUAUGCCAUCCCAAAAGAGAUUGGCAACAUGGUAUUCAACGAAGGGUGCGGACAAGCCACGGAGAAUGUCGGUUGAUGGGAGGGUAAGCGUAGGAAUAGAGAGGCCAUUUGAUAAAAUGAACAUGUGGGAGAGUGAUGGUUAUGGCAACGAUUUAGGAGAAGUGAGGAGAAAUUUAGAUUGUGAUCAGUUGUUCGGUGUAAAUCAUGAUGAUACGAACCCUAAGUUUAAUCUCGGAUUGCCAUUAAAAGCGCCAAAACCAGGAAAAAGACAGGGAGAAACAAUAUCCAAAGGGCAUAAGAACUAUGAACUGAUGCUCAAUCUGCAAUUGGGAAUCAGGCAUUCUGUAGGAAGACCUGCUCCAUCCACAGCUCUUGAUCUUAAGGCUUCAGCUUUUGACCCCAAGGAGAAAAUUUGGACUAGAUUUCCUCCAGAAGGCAGCAAAUACACUCCACCACAUCAAUCUUGUGAAUUUAAAUGGAAGGAUUACUGUCCAGUAGUUUUCAGGACUUUGAGGAAGCUGUUCAAGGUAGACCCUGCAGAUUACAUGAUAUCUAUUUGUGGGAAUGAUGCACUUAGGGAACUAUCUUCCCCAGGUAAAAGUGGUAGCUUCUUUUACUUGACCGAUGAUGAUCGAUACAUGAUAAAGACAAUGAAGAAGUCAGAAGUGAAAGUGCUUUUAAGGAUGCUUUCAGCCUAUUAUCACCAUGUUCGAUCCUUUGAGAACACUUUGGUGAUAAAAUAUUACGGCUUGCAUUGCGUUAAGUUAACUGGGCCAACUCAAAAAAAGGUGCGAUUCGUUAUUAUGGGAAACCUCCUACGUUCCGAGUAUACAGUUCAUAGGCGCUUUGACUUGAAAGGAUCUUCUUUAGGACGCAUAACAGAGAAGCCUGAGUCCGAGAUCGAUGAUACUACUAUACUUAAAGAUCUUGAUCUAAAUUUCAUAUUCAAACUUCAAAAAGCUUGGUUUCAAGAGUUUUCUAGGCAAAUAGACAGGGAUUGUGAGUUUCUUGAACAAGAGAGAACCAUGGACUAUAGUCUUUUGGUGGGUCUUCAUUUUAGAGAAAUAUCAACUAAUGGAGAGCUGAUUCCUUGUGAAAGACAUACUACAUCCGGCAAUUCUGAGGAUGAAUCAGGCCCUCGUCUUUCUAGAACAGAUGUGGAUCAGCUCCUUCUAGACCCUAAGAGGUGGGCUAGCAUCAAGCUGGGUGCUAACAUGCCAGCGAGAGUAGAAAGAACUAUAAGGAAACCAGAGUUUGAAUUACAGCUUGUGGGAGAACAAACAGGGGAGUGUUACGAAGUUGUAAUGUUCUUUGGCAUCAUUGACAUACUUCAAGAUUAUGACAUUACCAAGAAGCUUGAGCAUGCUUAUAAAUCCAUCCAUUAUGACCCUACUUCAAUAUCAGCUGUGGAUCCAAAGCAGUACUCCAAGCGAUUUCGUGACUUCAUAUUUAAAGUUUUUGCUGAAGAUACUUGGCAAGUUUCAGCUUUGAAGAGGGGACAUAUAUAG